UGGCGCCCCUUUCUUCUCUCUCUCUCUCUCGCUCUCUCUCUCUCUUCCCAUUCAUUCUUUCCUUUCCUAGAAAGAGAAGAAAAAAGAGAAACAAAAGUGGAAAGAAAAAUUCAAACACGCCGACCAAUCAAUCGCAUUGGUGCGUGAAAUCUGUUUACUGUCGAAAUAGUUGAAAUUUUCGCCUUUUGCAUCAGUUUAAAUUCGUCGCCAUGUCAUUGCGCAGACGAACCUUGCUCAAGGUCAUCGUUCUCGGCGACAGCGGGGUGGGCAAGACCUCGUUGAUGAACCAAUAUGUGCACAAGAAGUUUAGUCAGCAGUAUAAAGCUACAAUUGGUGCCGAUUUUGUCACCAAAGAACUCCAAAUCGAUGACAGGCUCGUCACUUUACAAAUUUGGGACACGGCCGGGCAGGAAAGAUUUCAGAGUCUUGGAGUUGCAUUCUACAGAGGAGCAGAUUGCUGUGUUCUUGUUUAUGAUGUUAACGUAAUGAAGUCCUUUGAUACUCUAGAUAAUUGGCAUGAGGAGUUUCUCAAGCAGGCCGACCCUCCCGAUCCCAAGACAUUUCCGUUUAUCUUGCUUGGUAACAAGAUUGAUAUAGAUGGGGGGAACAGUCGUGUGGUGUCGGAGAAGAAAGCAAAGGACUGGUGUGCAUCAAAGGGGAAUAUACCUUAUUUUGAGACAUCAGCAAAAGAGGAUUACAACGUUGAUGGUGCAUUUCUUUGUAUUGCGAAGACUGCUCUUGCAAAUGAACAUGAGCAGGACAUAUAUUUCCAGGGCGUCCCGGAGGCUGUUACAGAGUCCGAUCAGAGAGGAGGUGGCGGCUGUGCAUGCUGAAUUUAUUCGGGCAAUUCACCUCCAAUGCUGGGUUGCCUAAUUUUUAUUAUUUUGUUGUCCGAUUCAUAGGCAUUGUUUGUACACGUUGUAUACUAAGUUCUGUUGUUUAGCGAUGCCCUACUUUUUCCAAUUUGAGGAAAGUAGUCCCUAUUUUUGUCAGAGGAACGCCAAGGAAAGCAGUCGCUAUGAGUUUUGCUUUGACCUUUGGAAACGAAAUCGCUGCUUGUAGUUUUGACUUGUGAGAGAAUCAACUUCAUGGAAUUUUCGAAGUUAAAAUUAUGGGAUAGACUUAUGUGAUAUUGAGCUA